GAGAUGGGCAACACGAUUUUAUUUUGUUUGAUGGCCGAGCAAGCGAUGUCUCAGGAAGAGACUUGCGACUUGCUUCAUGCAGCUCCUUUCCAGAACAUUAUUCCUCGGCCGCAUAUCAAAGAGGGUGAGCGGCAGGAAGUUAAGCAAAAGAAAUUGGAGGCCAAAUAUGCAGCUUUGCAGAUCGUACCGAACAUUGAGAAAUUGGGAAGUUCAGAGCAAUCGUUCAUCGCAAAAGAAGGUGAUUUGUUGACACGUGAACGACUCUGCUGUGGACUUUCGAUAUUUGAUAUGAUUUUGACGAGAAUUCGCGGUUUCUUGGACGACCCUAUAUGGAAGGGUCCCGCGCCGCAAAACGGAGUCAUGCAUGUUGACGAGUGUCUGGAAUUUCAUCGUCUGUGGUCUGCGCUUCAGUUCGUUUACUGCAUUCCCGUGGGACAGAAUGAAUUCACAGUGGAGCAAAUGUUUGGCGAAGGUCUUCAUUGGGCUGGCUGCACGAUGAUUGUUCUGUUGGAUCAGACGAGGAAGUUCGAGGCUCUCGACUACUGCUAUCACAUUCUGAGAGUCCAGAAAGUUGAUAAUAAGGAUGGUGUCCAUAAGGGAAUCGUGAGUAGACUUUUUUUUUGGCAUCUUAUGACUUCUAUCUGAAUUACGUUUUUGCGUUUGUAG